AACACUGUCAUUUCCCUGUCACUCAAAGUAACUUCCAAGACCAUGUCAACUGAUAUAUGCGACGUCGCUGAAGUGCAAAGGAACUGUAAUUCUACCUACUUGCGAAUGUCGAGGCACUGAGACGGGCUGAUAGUUUAAGCUUUGUCAAAACUCGGUCUGGGCUUUAAAAGAACGUUCUUCAGAGGCAGUCCCUGAUCUUCAGCGCGCGUUAUGUUGCUAUGGAGAUGAGGUCUCUGCCGGCAGAAACAAAGUAAGAGGUUGCGCUUUGAAACAAAGUAGCCUACCAAGGAAGAAAUCCUUUUGAAACUUCAGAAUUGUAUCGAUCGUUUUCAUCGCGUAUUAUGUGUGGCUCCACCACACCAAUAAAAAGGAGAACAUAACCUAUUUCCAAGAUUUUGAAUAAGGGAAAGAGUACAGUACGGGAUGAAGAGUCGAGUUGCAGAGGGUCGUCUGCAGGUGCUUCAGAUCUACAAACUGCUACAGCACGUCCAUGAUGGAGACAAAUCCCGGAUAGAGACGAUGGUGAGCAUGGGGGUGGACCAGCUAAUCAACCUGACUGAACCCAAGCAGGGCACCGGUGUUCUCCACCUGGCUUCAGAGGCCAACAACACAGACAUGGUCAGCUUCCUGCUGUCCCUGGGCGCCCAUCCCAACAUCCAGGACACGAGGGGUCGCACCCCUGUGAUGCUCGCCGCAGAGCUGGGCCACAUCGACAUGGUGAACCUGCUGGCCGAAAGCAACGCUGACAUGAGCCUGGUGGACUCGGAGGGGAAAGGCAUGCUCUUCUACUGUAUGGUCCCUACCAAGCGCCAUACGCGCUGCAUGCAGGUGGGCCUGAAAGGCAACGCUGAUGUCAACAACGUGUCGCUGGCCGGGGUGCCAGUCUUCCUGCUGGCGUGUGAGCAGGCACCAGAAUGUGCCACUAUGUGUCUCAGGAUGCUGGAGAGUGGUGCUGACCCCAACGCAACCAAUGAGGCAACCGGCCGGACAGCCCUGAUGGAGGCCUCCCGAGCAGGGUGCCUCCAGCUGGUGAGAGCCAUCCUGCAGAGGGGAGGGAACCCCAACGCCCUGGACAAGAAGAGCUUCCAUGCCACACACCUCGCAGCCAUGGGCGGCUUCUUCGAGGUGAUCCAGAUUCUGUCUGCGUACGGAGCAGAUAUGGGGGUGAUGACCCUGGAGGGCAGUACUGCUCUGCACUACGGGGCCUACGGUGGUUUCACCGACUGCUGCCGGUUCCUGGCUCAGAGAGGUUGUAACUCCAAGCUGAAGGACCAGGAGGGUUUGUUGCCGCGCCAGGUUGCCAAGGACAACGGCCACAGGGCGGCCACAAAGGAGCUAAAGAAGGCCGAGAGGUUACAAGGGAAGUACUCCAAGCCUGGCGUGUCCAAUCCGAACCCUCCCUGGGCCCUGACCCUCCACGAUUGGUCCUACGAGAACGAGACCGUCCUUCGCAACGCCUUCGCGGAGGAGUCAGGGGGAACCGAUUCGGUUUCUGGGGAGACGUUCAUCUCCGUGCUGCAGGGCCACCACGCGCCGGCAGAACUCGACGAGCUCCACACCAUCCUCGCGGCCCACGACAAGAGGAGAGAAGGCAUCAUCAGCGUCAACGAGUUCUUCAAAGGCCUCAAGUACCUUCAGAAGCCCUUCGUCAUGAGCUCCUACGGCCCCAAGAAGAAAAAAGGGGGGAAAGGAGCGGGGAAGAAAGGGAAGAAGAAAGGGAAGAUCACCAUUCCUCUUCCCAUCUGCACUGUCCCCUCGGAGCUCAUCCACCGGCGGGACGACGGUGGUCCACCUCACUUCAUGAUUGAGACCCACCACCUCGCCACCGACCUCAGCCGCUUCGACCGGGACCACCCUCCCAGCCACCCCAUCCAGGACGACUCCGCCUGGUACAUGGACGAGCCUGACAAGGUCUACAUCAACAUCAGCUACAGCGUAAAGACCGGAGACCUGGAGUCUCUGGACCUGGCCUUCAGUCAGGGGGUGCCUGUGGACGUGAAGGACCGCUUCUACAAGACCCCGCUCAUGACCGCAUGCUCCAGCGGCAACUAUGACGUGGCUCACUACCUUCUCAGCCAGGGGGCUGAUGUAAACGCCUGUGACCAGUUCCGCUGGACGCCACUUCACCAUGCCUGCCACGCCGGCCAAUUGGACGUCGUGGAGCUGCUGCUGGAACGAGGCGCCUCGGUGGACGCCCCGGCACUGAACGGAGCCACGCCCCUCAUGAGGGCCAUCGAGAGCUGCAGGCUCUGCUGCGUGGACUUCCUCAUCAAGGCUGGAGCCGACGUUGCCGCAGAGAACAAGAAAGAACAAAAUUGCCUGGCCAUAGCUCGUGCCUAUGCAGACAUACGGAUUGUGGACUUGAUUAAGGCUAAGAUUGAUACUCUGCCUAAACCCAAAGAGAACAAGAAAGCCAAGACUGCAAAACAACCACAACAGAAACCCAAACCAGCUACCGCUACAGAAAAGAGCGCUGAAACGCUGAACUCAGUGCCGUCCCACAAGCUGGCAAAGAAAGAAACCUCCAUGAAGGAAACUGUUGUCAUGCACAGCUCCCAGAUCACCCAGGGGAAACUAGGCAAAGUGGACAUCAGCUUUUUGCCCAAAACGGUGAGGGGCAAGCAGCUCACCAGCAGCCAGAUGCUGGAGAAGAAGGAGAGGCGGAGGGAGAGGUUCUCCUACGAGGUGGACUUUGAGGACUUCCUGAUGCCCUUCAGCAUGAACAUCCAGAAGAAAUCUCUGGAGCUGUCUGAGGUCACCAACUAGAGGAGCAAAUCAAGAGCAGUGCAUCUGCAGCUGGUCUCUGUGUUCUGACUGGUCCCAGCUCUGUACUGGACCAUACAGGAGAUAGUCCUAAGACAGGCAUGUGCAGAUGGGCAUCAGUAGUGUAGGAGAUGGCCUACUUACCAACAACAUGCCAUGAAGGAAAGAUGUUCAGUUUAAAGCGAUUUUACACAGUGCACUAGUGCCAUGUGAUCACAGGUUCUUGUGUUUGUACUCUGUAGCAUAUUCAGUGAAUAAAUGGAUCUGUGCAUU